CUUGUCACGUGUCAACAUUAAUACACAACUAAGAACCGCACGUCUGAGUUUUCGCGUCGGUUACCGUUCUUGACGUGCGCGUAUCCACAACCUAGUAUUGAAAUCCCGUUCACCGACCUUGCGCACAAGUUGAGCGGCCGUCAGCUAGUGAACGCGAAACAUGGCCACUGAGGCCUUGCAGGAAUUGUUGAGAAGACUCAAUAUCGAACAAAGUGAUUGUUUGGAUAAAACUGAGUGGGUGAAGUUGUGUUCACAGGACACUAUCAAUAUAUCAUCCGAGCUGGCCGGGGCAGUUUUUGACGGCCUAGAUAAUGACGCCGAUGGUCAGGUGUGUAUAUCAGAUAUCAUGAAGGAGAUAAAGGCCUUCGAGGCGGCUGCAGAAGUAAACAGCAUCCCCCGCACUCCUGACCCGAGAACAUCUUCCACCGAUUCCAAUGCACCCAUGAGGACAACUCCAAGUCCAGUGCCAAACUUCAAAGGUCCUAGGUUUCGUCUCCCAGAAGUCCGCGAGUCGAGACGAAAAGGAAGAGUAUUUGGCCGUGGCACAUUUUCCAGACAGUCUCCCACAAUCCACCUGAAUGAUUCCGGUGACAGUUUCAUUACCAAGAAAGAGCUUGGAGAGGAUGGUUCGGAGGUGUUUUGCACCACACCCGCUCCAAUAACUCCCAGAUCGGCAUUCCCAUCCAACGAUCGCUUACUGGUAUUCAAUGCCCCUAAAUUUAAUCUUUCUCGUCUGUACAAACUUAUUGUUCAUGUGGCUACUCUCAACCGAUCGUUACCCGCCGGGAUAGACGCUUUAAAGCUCUCAGCUGUGCGGUCUAGUGUCCACACCCGCUGCGUCUUGUUUGCUUACCUGAUCCAAAUAGUUUGUGUGCUUUUAUGA